UAUGGGGAUAAUAAAACGAGGUUAUUCACUCCAAUUCGCUCGAAGACCCCCGCGCUUCGGCGGCGUGGUCUCCACCUCAGUACAGGGCAAGAACGCUCGCGUUCUGCGCUCAGAGGUGAUGACACUGUUGGGAAAAGGAGCCAUAGAAAAGGUUCCUCCAGCUCAGAGCGAAUCAGGCUUUUACAGCCGUUACUUCCUCGUUCCCAAAAAGGAUGGAGGCCUCCGGCCCAUCCUCGAUCUCAGAUGCCUGAAUCACGCCUUCAUGAAGAGGCCGUUUAGGAUCAUCACACUGAAACAGAUCCUCUCGCAGAUUAGCACAGGGGACUGGUUCUGUUCUCUGGACCUGAAAGACGCAUACUUUCACAUCCAGAUAGCCCCCCAUCACAGACGAUUCUUGAGAUUCGCCUUCGAGGGAGUGGCUUAUCAGUACACGGUCCUCCCCUUUGGACUGUCUCUGGCCCCCCGCACUUUUACGAAGUGCAUGGAUGCGGCUCUUUCCCCUCUGCGACAGUUGGGAAUCCGCAUUCUCAACUACCUCGACGACUGGCUCAUUCUGGCCCAGUCAGAGGUGGAGCUACUCUCACACAGGACCCUCCUCCUCAGCCACUUAAAGUGCCUGGGGCUCAGGGUCAAUUUCGCCAAGAGUGCACUGUUCCCCAGACAAUGAGUAUCGUUCCUGGGAACAGUUCUGGACUCGGCUCAGAUGAGAGCGGUGGUAGCGCCAGAACGUGCUCUGGCCAUUCAGAAACUCGCAGCCUCCUUAAAGAGCGGCACCGCUCGCCCCCUCAAAGCGUUUCAGAGAAUGCUGGGCCUCAUGGCCGCAGCAUCGCCAGUGUUACAGCUGGGCCUGCUUCGCAUGCGGCCCCUCCAACGCUGGUUGAAACCACGGGUUCCACCCCAUGCAUGGCGUCACGGACGCCUGCAUAUCAGGGUGAGCCAGGCCUGUGUGACAGCCCUGGCCCCCUGGAAGAACCCACGAUGGAUGGAGAAGGGCGUGGCUAUGGGAAUGGUCUGCAACAGGAAGGUUGUCACGACAGACGCCUCCAACAGAGGUUGGGGGGCGCUGUGCGAAGGCAAACCGACCUUUGGCCAUUGGUCGGAAGCGGAGAACGGCCUCCACAUCAACUGCUUGGAAAUGCUAGCAGUAUGUCGAGCCUGCCGUUUUUUUCUGCCAAACCUAAUAAGACGCCAUGUGCUGAUUCGCUCAGACAACAUGUCCGUGGUGUCCUAUAUAAAUCACCAAGGAGGUCUCUCGUCGAAGCGCCUCUUCAUUCUGGUAGAGCGCCUUCUGGAGUGGGCUCAGCGCAAUUUGCGCUCGCUAAGGGCAGCACACUUGCCGGGCAAAUUGAACCAAGGAGCGGAUAUGUUAUCUCGGAGCAAUGUCCCCUCAGAAGAGUGGAUGCUCCAUCCGAGGACGGUUCAGAUGAUCUGGAAGAUCUUUGGCAAGGCAAAAGUAGAUCUUUUCGCCUCCAAAGACAGCUCUCACUGCCCAAUUUAUUAUUCAAAGGUCAGGGACGCGUUGGCCCACGAUUGGCCCAACCUCCUCCUUUAUGCAUUCCCUCCAAUCGCCCUGAUCCCUCAGGUCAUCAGGCGGAUCAGGGAACAAGGACACAAGGUUCUAUUGGUGGCUCCCUUGUGGGAAAACCAACCUUGGUUGUCAGAGCUGGUUCAGCUGCUCACAGCAGCCCCCUGGCCCGUACCCCUGAGACGGGAUCUCCUCUCUCAGGCAAACGGAACAAUAUGGCACCCUCGGCCCGAGCUGUGGGCUCUCCAUCUGUGGCUGCUCGACGGGAGCCUACAAGCCUCCCAGAGCGAGUAGUAAGCACCAUUUCUGAGGCUAGAGCCCCGUCCACGAGACGCCUCUACGCCCUUAAGUGGUCUGUUUUCUCCACUUGGUGCCUAGACCGCGGUGAAAACCCGUCUACUUCCGAGUUGGCUGUGGUUCUGUCCUUCCUGCAGGAGUUGCUGGAUAAAGGACGUUCCCCCUCCACACUCAAGGUGUUCGUAGCGGCUAUAGCGGCCUUUCAUGCCCCUAUAGCAGGCCAAUCGGUAGGCAGAGACAACUCAGUUGUCCGUUUUCUGAGGGGAGCCAAGAGGCUGAAUCCGCCUCGACCCCUCACCGUCCCUACAUGGGACCUGCCCACUGUAUUGAGGGCCCUGAAGGGCCCUCCUUUUGAGCCACUUCAGUCUACGAACCUUCGGUCGCUGUCGCUGAAAACUGCUCUGCUACUAGCACUAGCAUCGGUUAAGCGAGUAGGAGACCUACAGGCGCUCUCUGUUAGCCCUGCCUGCCUGGAAUUUGGGCCCAACGACUCCAAGGUCGUCCUGAAACCAAGGCAUGGUUACGUACCCAAGGUACUUUUCAGCUCCAUUCAGAGCUUCCUCCUUCUGAGGAGGACCGGGAGUUGUCCUUGUUAUGCCCUGUCAGAGCUUUGAGGAUCUACUUCGAGCGUUCUGCCUCAUUUAGGCGUACAGAACAGCUCUUUGUCAGCUUCGGUAACCGCGCCAAAGGGCAUCCGGUCACGAAGCAGAGACUCUCUAAGUGGAUAGUGGAUGCUGUUACGCAGGCGUACUCUUCCUUGGGCCUACAAUGCCCCAUUGGAGUACGAGCCCAUUCUACUAGAGGCAUCGCCUCGUCAUGGGCCUGGUCUAGCGGUGUGUCCAUUACAGAGAUUUGUGCGGCGGCCGGCUGGGCCUCGCCGUCCACAUUUGCUAGGUUUUAUAGCCUGGAUGUACCAGCCUUACAGGCUAGGGUCCUCUCUGCUUAGAUGAGCGUACAUGUAUACGUUAUGGGAACAAUCCUGACAGAGAAUUCUUGACCGCAAUGCGCACAAGCUCUCUAGUUGGUUUCUUGCAUACCUCGGUCCUGGAAGUACUGAGUAUGUAAGGGUCAUAAGGAAUGAUCACCUAGGCCGAGCAUAAUCUCUAUUAGUUUAGCUCGCUUAGCCUGGAGCAUACUAUUGAAAUUCCCUGUGGGCAUUAAAUGCUUAUGGAAUAAUAUUAUGCAGUCGUUCCUCUGCCUUAGCACGGCGUGAUUGAAUUGAGUUCCCAUAUGCGUCUUUAUCAAGACGCAGUACGAGUGGAGUUACGACAGUAACCGAGUACGUUCUUCUUGCUGUUUUCACUGUCAUUAUCACUGCUCGCUUCAGCGUGUGUU